AUGCCGAUCUUCGUGAAGACCCUGACCGGCAAGACCACCACCCUGGAGGUGGAGUCCAGUGACACCAUCGAGAAUGUGAAGGCCCAGAUCCAGGAUAAAGAGGGCGUCCCCCCUGAGCAGCAGAGGCUCAUCUUUGCCGGCAAGCAGCUGGAAGAUGGCCGCACCCUCUCUGAUUACAAUAUCCAGAAAGAGUCAACCCUGCACCUGGUCCUCCGCCUGAGGGGUGGCUAAUAAUUCUUCAGUCUGCAUUCCCGGAAAGGCACUGAUGGCAUUACUCUGCACUCUAGCCAUUUGCCCCAAUUUAAGUUUAGAAAUUACAAGUUUCAGUAAUAGCUGAAACUCUGUUAAAAAUGUUAAUAAAGGUUUUGUUGCAUGGU